UGCAUCACAAUCUUGCUCACUUAAACUCAACUGUUUUUUUAUUAAUUUGAAAAAAUAUAUUCAUGACAUUUUGUUCUUUUUCUUUAAAAUAUUUUCUCCUUUUUGGUUUUGAAUGAUUGAGAACAGGGGAAGAAAAAAAGAAAGCUGUAACGUCAAAUUCAAUUAAGUUCUCCAACAUUGAACGGCCGUAAACACUCUCAUUGUGGAAUUUUUGGAAACUCUCCUCUACCGUUGGUUCAUUGUCCUUCGUGGUUUUUCACAGAUAAACCUCUGUUACUCAACUCGCUUUCAUUCCAUCGAAAAUUCGUACGUUUUAUUCAUAUAUUUAACCAAUAUUCGUCACUUCAAGACGUUCCAAGUACUCAAUAAUGGAGUCCCUGUAAAAGGGUCUUUGAGAUUUUUUGUUCUUAGGUUAUUUAAGGCCUUUCUUUUUGUGGGUCAUUUUGGUCUUGCCUUUUGCGUGGAGGGUUUUAACCAUCAGAAGAAAAAAUGAUGACCUCCAAAGAGUUUUGGACUAAGAAGACAUUGAUAGGCCUUGGGUUGGGGCAGUUUCUCUCACUUUUGAUCACUUCCACUGGCUUCUCAUCUUCUGAACUCUCCAAAAAAGGAAUUGAUGCACCAACUUCGCAGUCAUUUCUGAACUAUGUGUUCUUGGCUAUUGUAUACGGAAGUAUUAUGCUUAAUCGAAAGCAACCACUUAAGUCAAAAUGGUAUUAUUAUGUACUUCUUGGAUUGGUUGACGUUGAGGCCAAUUUUCUAGUGGUUAAGGCCUAUCAGUAUACUUCUAUUACAAGUGUAAUGUUGCUUGAUUGUUGGUCCAUCCCAUCUGUAAUGCUUCUCACAUGGGUUUUCUUGAAAACAAAAUAUAGAUACAGAAAGAUAACCGGUGUGGCUGUCUGUAUUGCUGGCCUUAUUACUGUUGUAUUUUCAGAUGUACAUGCAGGUGAUAGAGCAGGUGGAAGCAACCCACGUAAAGGGGAUGUGCUUGUUGUAGCUGGUGCCACACUCUAUGCUGUCAGUAAUGUCAGUGAGGAGUUUCUCGUAAAGACUGCUGACAGAAUUGAGCUCAUGUCAAUGCUGGGCCUCUUUGGUGCCAUUAUCAGUGCUAUACAAGUAAGCAUCUUAGAGCGGGAUAAUCUCAAAUCUAUUCAUUGGUCGGCUGGGGCAGCUCUUCCUUUUGUUGGAUUCUCAGUGGCUAUGUUUCUCUUUUACUCGUUAGUUCCAAUCUUGCUUAAGACAAAUGGGUCUACAAUGCUAAACCUGUCUUUGCUUACGUCAGAUAUGUGGGCUGUCAUAAUUCGCAUCUUUGCUUACCAUGAGAAGGUCGAUUGGAUGUACUUCUUGGCAUUUGCUGCUGUUUCUGUUGGGCUUGUUAUCUACUCAGGGGGUGACAAAGAAGAGGAUCACCGUGCUGAUGUUGCAGAUGAGGAAGCAGGUUCUGGAAGCCACAACUAUGGAACGACGGAAGGGAGCCUGAAAACAGGUGAGACUUCUAGUAGCUUUCUAGAGAGCGAAGUCGUAGAGAACAAAGGAAAAGAUGCACAAUGGAAGCUAUAAAAUGUGCUUCAAUUUUUAGCUAGAGUAGCAGGACAACAAACAGGUGCAAUGCCAUGCUUACAGAACACCAAUUGCUGCAUCAUGGUUAGAACUUUGAACAUGAAUUUCAAGUAAUUCAUUUUUUUUUCGUUGUAUUUAUUGUUAACUCAGUUAUCUCCUAUCAAAUUACAAUCUAUUUAAAGGAAUGUGCUUAGGGCUGAGAAAUAUUUUCAGCAUU